GGUGCCAAUCUCACCUGAACCGAGAGUAAACGGACUAUUUGUGAUCCUAUCCAGUUGCUCUAGGUUGGCAGUCGGAGCAGCAGCCAAGUUAGCAAAUCUCCCGCACAUUCACAUAGGAAAUUUAAGUAAAUUCCGACGAGCGACAUAAGACACACGAGUUAUCUGGAGUCAAUUACAAUAAUAAUAGCAUUGCAAUAGUAACAAUCACAACUGAAAUCCACAACAAUGCAGGCGAAUGCUUUUCACAAGCUGUUACUACUGCUUCCACUGGCGUUUUAUCAAUCAACAAAUGGUAUGGAAUGGAAUUACCUGAAGAAUGGCAAGGACUGGGAGGACCUCUGCUCCACCGGAAAACACCAAUCUCCGAUUUUGUUGGAUACUAAAACCGCACACAAGUUGGUCUCACCUCCGAUCACUUUCUGGAACUAUUAUAAGCUGCUUAAGCGUCCGUUUUACAUCAGAAACAAUGGACACUCCAUUAGCUUAGACAUUCCCGUGACGAGCAAUGGAAGGAAGCCCUUUAUAACCGGCGGCCGUUUGAAGGGUCGCUACUUUGCCGAUGGACUUCACUUCCACUGGGGUUCCUACAAAUCCCCCGGAUCCGAGCACUCGAUUAACAAGCGCCGAUACGACGCUGAAAUCCAUAUCGUCCAUCGGAACGAGAAGUACAAAAAUAUUGCGGAAGCCGUCCGUCAUAAGGAUGGCUUAGCUGUUGUCGCAAUCAUGGUUUCCAUUGUUAGGAAAGACAAUGCAAAGUCCACACCCUUGUCCAAGCUCAUGGAGGCAGUCGUGCGGGUGCCGAUUGAAAACUCCAACGCCACUCUUUUUGGCCAAUCAAGCUUGGAUCAGUUGAUCGGGGGUGUGAAGCACAAGGACUUCUUCACCUACGAAGGCUCACUGACCACGCCCCUUUGCGACGAGACUGUCUCCUGGAUUGUUUUCACCGAGAUUACGACUGUCACCAUUUCGUGCGUCUCAAAGUUUUGGCUGUUGCGAGACCACUGGGGCAACAGGCUGAUCAACACUUAUCGGAUUGUCCAAGGUCUAAACGAUCGCACUGUGUUCUAUAGGACGGCCAGAUCUUCGAAAUCAUAAGUUAUAUGAACUAAAUACAACACACUCCUGUACUAACCACCACUUCAUGUUACUUAGAUACAUACUACAGGCUACAAUCUCGAGUAAGUAUAUCACCCAAAGUUCCAACCACGGAUUAAGCAAAAGUGGGACAAAGAGCAAAGACGAAGGUUUUCGCAGUGCAAGUCGAUCCAGAUGCUAUUUGAGUUUGGCUCAAGUUGUUACAACAGCUGUUAGUCUUUCUAUCAAGUUGUGAUAGAAGCCAACCUUUAUUGAACAAUCAAAAAAAUCUAUAGUUUAGCCAGUGUAUGUAAAGUGCAUUAAUCUGAAGUAUAAGUAGUAGUAGUAGUGUCAACAAGAGAGGUAGUCUGGGUUAUUAGUAUUAGUAUUGGUUACCCAAGAUCAGUAAGGGCAAUGCCUUGGUUGAACUAUAAGAUAAGCGCCUAAUGAGUUUACCUGCCAUCCAGACAGGUAAUUUAGCAAUUGCGCUGAUAGAUUAGGGAUUCCAACUAAUAAUAGGAAAUAUAUUAGUAUUAUCUUUAUAUUAUAUAAUGUAUAAAUUUAUAUAAAAUUGUAAGAACUCGAACCUACCUCAAUCUGUGAGUCGUUAACUCAUUCCGUGGGCGUUGAUUAAUAGUGAUUCACUGGAUUUGGAAACCACCCAUCGCAAUGAUUCAAGCGACGUGAUGGCGCUCCGCCCCCUUGCACUAUUUAAUUCUGAUUCAGAGCAAUCAGGGAUUCUUCGAUCUAUAUGCCAUGUAGAGCGAAUGUGUGAGAGAGCGAAGAG